UAUUAACCCCAAAUUAUCAUCAUCGUUUCAAUCAAAAUUCCGAUCUUGAGACAGAACACCGAAGUCUCAAAGACUCAAACUUUCAGUUACCCCAUCUGUCUGCCUCAUUUUCUAGUUUUGGGGUUUCUGGUGAUUCGAUUGCUAGAUAAUACUUCAAGUUCACAACUUGAAUUGGUUUUGCGAAUUCGAGAGGUCCAAAGAUGCAGAAACUGGCUGAUUUCAAGCUUCCUCAAUUCUUCAAUUAUCCUCCAUACUUCAAAUCCCAAAAGAUUUUCUUGAUUGGCGUUGAAGAGGAUUUCCCUCUCUUCUCAAACUCUGCCAUUGAUAGAUCUCUAAGUCAUGAAGCAAAGGAAACAUUUCUCUCAGCCAUCGUUGGAGAAGGGCGUGCUGAGUGGUUAGAUAAAGGGCAUAGGAAAUGUCUGAUUCUGUGGCACCGGAUUCAAGAUUGGGCAGACAUUAUUCUUCAGUUUGUGAGAGAUAAUGGAUUAGAAGACAGUGUUAUGACUGUUGAAGAAAUACGUUCAGGGACAGAAUCACAUGGAACAGAACUUCAAGGGAUAGAUCGAACCAUUCUAAUGAGAGCCUUAAAGCUUCUAGAGAACAAGGGAAAGCUUGCAUUGUUCAAGGGAACAUCAGCUGAUGAUGAAGGUGUCAAGUUCUCUGUCUGAUGCUACUCUGUAUAAAACUUUUGGUAAUGUUGGAAACAUCUUACAGACCAAGGACAAAAAAAUUGGAGAAACAAGUCUUUAUGUAUUCUGAUAACACUCAUUCUCUAAUCACACUUUUUGAUUUUAUAUAAUAAUAUAAUCUUUAUACAUAAAAACACUA